CUUCCUCUUGUGCAAUUUAUCUACGUAUUCACACUCUCAGAGCCUCGAUUAAUUCUUGUUGCCUUCUGUUUUCCUUUUUCUUGCACCAAUUCGUUCCUCCAACCCCCACUCCCAGUGAAUAAAAAAAAAGGAAAAAAAAAUGAUAUCAUCAAAUGAAGGCCAAUCCUCUCAAGCACAGCAAGUCAAUUCAGGUCUGGCGGUAACAACAGUAACAUCUACAUCUCCAAACAGCAGCUAUCAUUCAAUAACAAAAGGAGAAGAGAACACAGAAGAAAGAACAGAAGUAGGAGUACCGCCAUCCUCGACACCCGAACCCAUUGAUAAUGUUUCAGAAUCCUUUGCAACUCUCUCGGUCAAUCCAGCGUCUGAAUUAUCAGAAUCGAACACAAUCGAUAAAAGUAAUACAAAUGAGGUUGAGCACACAAAGAAUGCCUCUCAGUCCGUGAAGAUAGAGGAAGAUCUAAGCCCUGAGGAAGCUUCGCUGAGGGCCAAGGGUCUCAAGAGCACACAUCGCCCAGGUUUUUACGUUCAUAUUAAUUCGCCCCGUCGACUCCGUAUCCAAACGAAGUCAAAAACAUUCGAUCUUGAUCGAUACUGCCCGCAUGCUAACGCAGAUCUCCUCAAGUGGGGAGUUUUACGUGCAGACAUGACACUUCGAUGUGGUGUGCACUACUGGGGUUUCGAUCUAGUCAAGAACGGACAGUGUAUCGCGCACCCUGACGAAACUCUAAAUGCCUGUCCUGUCUCUGACUUGGAGUGGUAGGCAUUUUUAUAUAUUUAUUAAUAAACGACUAUAUUUUACAAAAGGUCCUGCUAGAAGGGCGCAACUAUGCUACAACAUAACUCUAAUACCGACGUGGGCGUGAAUAGCGAUCGCGGAUAUCCCUUGGAGGAUAUUCGUCAUGCCUCAGGCCUCCACCGCUUCCGUUAUUACUAUACGCUCGACCAUGAUAGUGAUC